AUGACAUGGAAAUCAAAACAAUUUAUAGUCGAGUUUUUAAUAGCAGGACAUGGCGUCUCCACUCAAACACACGAACAAACACCACACGGAAUUUUCUUCUUGAAAAAUUGUCAUGAAAAAAUGUUCAUCGAUCUAGCAACAAAAGCACAAUACUCAAAUUUCCAGGAGAAACUACUACACUAA